AGGGUUUUUUUAAUAUUCUUUUAACUUGUGUUUUUUAUGUCUACAUUGUACAUUCGGUCUCUUUCCCCAAAGAUCAGAGGACUGAAUGUGUUUUUUUUUUCACAAAACAAUGAAUUUGUUAGUGCUUAAUUAAUGCUCUCUGGUAAUUGAAGUGUUUCUUUGGAUAGCAUCUCCAUGGACAAACCACUUUAACAGGAUAACACUGCUACUGAAAGGCCUUUGAUUCAGUAGCGUUCAUCCUUAACACACCAUGUCUUACUAAAUCUUGAGUGUUUAAUCUCCCGUAAUUACAAAGAUUUGCUUAGGUUAAUAAAUAAUAAUCCGCCUCAAUUGAGACCCCCUACCUGGACCUCCCCCGUGCCUUCUUUACCCCUUUCUGUGAGGGAUAAGUUCACUGUCAUUUAAAUAGAGUCAUCUUCCCAACUCUGGGGCACAACUCUUCGGUUGAGGGGGAAAGGCUGCAGGAUAUUUGGAACAUAGAUUUCAAUAGCGAGAUUUAUUAGAGAGGUAAAUAUUUGAAAUUUAAUCAAUCCAAAUGUUUUGCUAAAUAAAGAGGCCGUCUUUGGUCUUGAGUCUGACGUCAUUUCCACAGGUUGGAAUAGUGUCGCUCGUGAGCGUGUCAAGGUUAACAACAGUUGAGAGGCUCAUCUUUAUCUGUGAUCUUGUCAACAGUAAGACUUCGGAGUAGGUAGCGAGGCACAUUGACGCAUUCAGUUUAUGAAGGGUCCUGCUCUUCAAUAUAGUCAUGCUGUGAAACUUGGGCCAAAAGUUCUUGGAAGACUUUUGGGAGAGAAACUUUCUUCUUAUCACCUGAUACUUUUUAAACGGCAGUUUGGAACUAAGAGAACCUUGCUAAUGAGUCGAAGUUACCUUAAUUCAGAGAUGACAAUGGAGGAUAGAAGCAGCCGCAACGGUGGCAGAGAGAGACUUGGACUGAGUUUUACGAUCGACUACCUUUUGUUCAAUAAAGGAGUCAAAGGUUCAAGAGAAGAGGCGACAGUUGAAGAGACAGCAAACAACAUGCUAAGUGAUCAGAGUCCCAGACCUAAAGAAGUGGGGAACCGUGCCGAGACACCAGAGAAACGGCAACAGCGGACCGAAACAGAGACGGAACAUAGAAAAGUCAAAGAAGAGGAGGGGGCUGAAGAACAACAGAAGGAGGGGGAGGAGGAAGUGACCACCACCACAUCGUCCAGUCUUGAGAAGUCUGCGGACAAACCCAACCAGUCGUACAUCGCGCUCAUCUCCAAAGCAAUCCUGGAGUCAGAGCAGAAGAAACUGUUGCUUUGUGACAUCUACCAAUGGAUCAUGGACCAUUACCCAUACUUCAAGAGUAAGGAUAAAAACUGGAGGAACAGCGUACGCCACAACUUGUCCCUGAACGAUUGCUUCAUCAAAGCAGGUCGCAGUGACAACGGGAAAGGCCACUUCUGGGCGAUCCAUCCGUCGAACUACCAGGACUUUUCAAACGGGGACUACCACUGCCGGAGGGCAAGGCGGAGGGUGCGCAGGGUGGCCGGACAGCUUCCUCUUCCCUCUCUUCCUUCCCCAUACCACCCUGCCUUCACCCGACCUCACAGAACAACCUGUUGGUGCUGCCCCCAAGCCCAAUCGAUCCCUCUGUCCUGCUUGGCACCAAGACUCUACUGGCCAUGGUCCAGUGUACAGCCUCAGGUGGGGCUCCACCCUGGCCUAAGGGCCUCCGUACCCUGAGGGAGAGUAGUUUGUGUUUUUGAGGUUUCAUAUUUGCUGAUGAAUCUGUCAUUAGAUGGUAUACAAUUCAAGUGGGCUCUGAUGCUGUUACAAUGUUUAGGCAGUUCAAUGAUUCAAGGAAAUAUAUGAAUGUUUUGAAGCUACUGUUCAUCUUCUAUUUGUAGUCUGUGUGAUUAAAUAUAACCAAACACUAAACUCCA